UAAGAUGCUAUAAAUAGUUAAGUAUGAAAUGAAAUCACAAGUUUAAUGGAGGUCCAAAUAUGAUUAAGUGCACAAAUCCCUUUUAGAGGUUCUGUCAAGAAUCUAUCCCACCACAACUUGACCCCAAGUAAUUACCAGAGGGGAUUUGUCCCGCUUCAUUUCUCAUCCACCUUUAGUAUGUCAUUCAUUUCUCAUAAACUCUGUAAAUCCUUUAAGUUCUUAUAUAAAAUGUAAAUUUCCUUGAUUAAAAUUCAAGUAAAAGCUCAAACCCAACUGCAAAUUAAGGGCAGCUUGCAACAUCAAUUAAUCUUAUUUUAUAGUUCAACCCUUAUAGUCUCAUUCUUGUAGUAUAUGUAAUCCCACUUUUUUAAUUAUCAAAACAUGUAAUCUCACACCUAGUGUUUUGUCACAUGCCAGUACCAAGAUAGAACAAAAUACAAAAGAAAGCCAUGAUAGCUAGCUUUGCCUGAAAGCUUAACAUAUCUUUAAUAGAAUAACUAAUUUGGGGUAUUAGAAUCCGAGAAGGAGAACCUUUCCUUCACAAAGACUUCAAAUUGUUUUCUGACACACUUUUGAUGAAUGUAGACCUGCUAGGGAAACUGUAUAUGUAUGUGUUUGUGUUGGGGUAAUGUAAUAUUCAUGAAAGGUAUUAUAGCUAAGCGAUAAGAUAUAAGACCAAUUCACAAAACACAGAGAGAGAGAAAGAGGGAGACUCACCAGAAAAAGAGAGCUUGAGGAAUGAGGCAACAGUAAACUUGCAUUAGAUUCUUAUAUUUGGUACGACCUCCCCAAUGAACAGUCUUGGCUGUUUCUGUCCUCUCCCUCCUCUUCUUCUUAAACUCUGUCCUCCUUGCUAACUCAUCCUCAAAAACCAUCUCUCUCCCUCCCUCUCUCUACCUACUACAUAAUUAUACCUUUCCAAAUCUUGAAAGGGUACAUUACCAUGUUAGCCAUGCCAAUGCCCCCUAACCAUCCUUCAUCACUAAACCAAACAAAGCAUGAGAAUGAACGAACUCCUUUGGUUUUCGAUGCUCCAGUUCUUCAAUACGAGUCCAACAUACCACCCCAAUUCAUAUGGCCAGACGACGAUAAGCCAUGCCCCGAGCGACCAGAGCUUCAUGUUCCUCCCAUUGACCUGAAAGGCUUUCUCAGCGGGGAUGCUUCGAUCGUCUCAGAAGCUAUUCGUUCAGUCGAUGAGGCAUGCAAGAAACAUGGAUUCUUUCUUAUUGUCAAUCAUGGAGUUGAUUCACAACUCAUAGCAAAAGCUCAUGAAUACAUGGACGAGUUCUUCAGCAUGAAACUCGCGGAGAAGCAAAGGGCUCAGAGAAAGGUUGGUGACAGCUGUGGAUAUGCUAGUAGCUUCACUGGCAGGUUCUCCUCCAAACUUCCUUGGAAAGAAACACUUUCUUUCAGAUACUGCACUGAUAGCCAGUGCUCAACAGUUGUCAAGGACUAUUUCGUGAAUGUGAUGGGUGAAGAUUUCACAGAAUUCGGGAAGGUUUACCAAGAAUAUGGUGAAGCCAUGAACAAUCUCAGUAAUGGGAUAAUGGAGCUACUAGGACUGAGCCUAGGAGUUGGCCGAGAGUAUUUCAAAGAAUUCUUCGAAGGAAACGAUUCCAUAAUGAGGUUGAACUACUAUCCAAUAUGCCAAAAACCAGAUUUAACCCUAGGAACUGGUCCUCACUGUGAUCCCACAUCCUUAACGAUCCUGCAUCAGGACCAAGUAGGUGGUCUUGAAGUGUUUGUAGAUGAAAAGUGGCACGCCAUUACUCCUAUCCUUGAUUCCUUCGUUAUCAACGUUGGUGACACAUUUAUGGCUCUAUCAAAUGGGAUUUACAAGAGCUGCUUGCACAGAGCAGUUGUAAACAACAAAAUCGUAAGGAAAUCACUUGCUUUCUUUCUUUGCCCAAACAAAGACAAAGUGGUGACCCCACCAAGAAGUUUGGUCGACACUGAAACACCAAGGUUGUAUCCUGAAUUCACUUGGCCUAGUCUGCUAGAGUUUACACAGAAGCAUUACAGGGCCGACAUGAGAACCUUGGAUGCUUUCUCCGACUGGAUUUCACGGAAAAGCAACUAAACCCAGGAAACAAAACUGGGGGUGCUAGUAGUGCUUUUGGUGGUGUACACGGAAGAUAGCUAACAGCAGAGCAUAGGGAAUUAGGCUGUUUGUUAUCGUGGGAGAGAAUCAUCAUGUUAUCAUGUAAAUGAAUGGAACAAGAAAUCUGGAGGAAUAAAUUAACUAAAGGGCUCCAUAUCUUGUUUUCAAUUUUAAGUUUCUGUCAAUUCAAGCAUGAAUCAGUGUACUUAAUAUAUAGUUAUAUACUUUCUUGACCACUAAAUGUAAUAAACUUUCACAUCCAAAUACUACAUAUUCUGAUUUCUGCA